UGGGACCGCGCUCCGGGCGCGCGCGGCGGGGAAGGGCGGCCGGGCGGGGACUGCUCAGCGGGCCUCGGCCCCCCAAGCCCGGGCCUGGCCGAGACCCCUCCGAGUGCUCGGGGGCAGGGGACGGUCCGGCCCAGCCCCUUCGGGCCCCGGCUCACAGCUCCCCAGUCCGCACAGCGCCCUCUGUGCCCGGGAGCCGGGGCCGGUGGCGGCGGGGGCCUGCCCGCGGGUUGUAGAUGGCAGAAUUUCUAUAGUAUGUCUAGCAUGAGUUCCACAAGUUGGCCUCUUACCCAACUUCAGUUUCAUCUCCUGUCUGGAGAACAAAUGGGAUUUGCAUGAAUUCCAAACUCUGAACUGAAAUAUAGACUGCAGUGUUAAUAUCCUUUUUUUCUGGUUGUUAUUAACAGCUCCUCAGAAAAUUAAAUGUCGUCAGAAGACCGAGAAGCUCAGGAGGAUGAAUUGCUGGCCCUGGCGAGUAUUUAUGAUGGAGAUGAAUUUAGGAAAGCAGAGUCUGUCCAGGGUGGAGAAACCAGGAUUUAUUUGGACUUACCACAAAAUUUCAAGAUAUUUGUGCGCGGCAAUUCAAAUGAGUGUCUCCAGAAUAGUGACUUUGAAUACGUCAUUUGCUUUCUGCCUCCACUUGUGCUGAACUUUGAACUGCCACCAGAUUAUCCAUCCUCCUCCCCACCUUCAUUCACACUUAGCGGCAAAUGGCUGUCGCCAACUCAGCUGUCUGCUCUCUGCAAGCACUUAGACAACCUGUGGGAAGAACACUGUGGCAGCGUGGUCCUGUUUGCCUGGAUGCAGUUUCUUAAGGAAGAGACCCUGGCAUACCUGAAUAUUGUCUCUCCUUUUGAACUCAAGAUGGGUUCUCCGAAAAAAGUGCAGCGAAGGACUGCUCAAGCCUCUUCCGACACAGAGCUAGAUUUUGGAGGAGCUGCUGGAUCUGAUGUAGAGCAAGAAGCAGCUGUGGAUGAGAGGGCCGUGCAGGAUGUGGAGUCGUUGUCAAGUCUGAUCCAGGAGAUCUUGGACUUUGAUCAAGCUCAGCAGAUAAAAUGCUUUAAUAGUAAAUUGUUCCUGUGCAAUAUCUGUUUCUGUGAGAAGCUGGGUAGUGAAUGCAUGUACUUCUUGGAGUGCAGGCAUGUGUAUUGCAAAGCCUGUCUGAAGGACUACUUUGAAAUCCAGAUCAGAGAUGGCCAAGUUCAGUGCCUCAACUGUCCAGAACCCAAGUGCCCUUCAGUGGCCACUCCUGGUCAGGUCAAAGAGCUAGUGGAGGCAGAGCUGUUUGCCCGUUACGACCGCCUUCUCCUCCAGUCCACGUUGGACCUGAUGGCCGAUGUCGUGUACUGCCCCCGCCCAUGCUGCCGGCUGCCUGUGAUGCAGGAGCCUGGCUGCACCAUGGGCAUCUGCUCCAGCUGCAAUUUUGCCUUCUGUACUUUGUGCAGAUUGACCUACCAUGGGGUCUCUCCAUGUAAGGUAACAGCAGAGAAAUUAGUGGACUUACGAAAUGAGUACCUGCAAGCAAAUGAGGCCAAUAAAAGAUUUUUGGAACAGAGGUUUGGUAAGAGGGUGAUUCAGAAGGCGCUGGAAGAGAUGGAGAGUAAGGAGUGGCUAGAAAAGAACUCGAAGGGCUGCCCGUGCUGUGGGACGCCCAUAGAGAAAUUAGAUGGAUGUAACAAGAUGACAUGUCCUGGCUGUAUGCAGUACUUCUGCUGGGUUUGCAUGGGUCCUCUCUCCAGAGCAAACCCUUACAGACAUUACACUGAUCCUGCUUCUGCAUGUUUUAACAGGUUAUUCCAUGCUGUGAAUGUUAAUGGUGAUAUUUGGGAAGAUGAGAUUGAAGACUAGUCUGUGCCUCCUGCUCAAGAUGCGCAAGUGGAACGGUUUGCCCUAAUCUUUUGUCAAGUACAAGGAGUAACUCAGCAGGAUAUUCAGGGUAUUGUUCAUUCAUGCUUCCUACAAGGUGUGGGAGAACAAAGAUUAUAUUUUCAUGUGUUACUACUGAUUAAGGCACAUUCAUACAGUUUUCAAUGUAACAUAAUUGAGAAAAUUAUAAGCCAAAGGAUCAGAAAAUGAAAAUUAGGGAAUAUUCAAUAUUAUAAUGUGCCUGAAGCUCUGAAUAGCUAAAAAUUAUAUUUAUUUUCUUCCCCAAGCUUUAGGUGAAGAGAGGAGUUGAACUUACAGACCUUUUUACCUCUGAGAAGCAUCCCUCUGAGACAUUCUGUGGGAGCCUCCUCAGUGCUACUAUUCACAGUUGGGGUGGGGAGAAGCCUUAUUAAAAUCGACCGAGAGCCUCAUCUCGCUCCAUGUUACGUUCCUUCCAACCUAAAUUUCUGCUAAGUUAGUUUUCUUUGAAGGACGCCCUUGGCACUAUCUGAUUGGGUGGCCCAGUAUCAUUUUGAUCCCACUGUUCAGAAUAGAAAUUUAUAGAUAAUUUAAAAAAAUGUAUUUUAAUACCACAAAAACUGUGGGUCACCUGAUAUUUAUUAGUCAUGUAUAAUCCACAGUUUUGAGCCACAUGUAGAAUUUAAUGAUACUGGCUCAGAAGAAUUUCAGUUCUAGUCAACUUUCUGGGCAACAGGCCUAGACUCAAAACAGCUUGUCUGCUGCCUUUGUUCUCCAUUCUCUCCCUUUACUCUCACCCUGCCUUCCCUUGGCAAGAAGACUUUUAAUAAUGACUCCAGCAGCUUACAUUUUUAUUUCUUUUGCUGGAAUGGGAGAAAGCCUAACAUUCCCAAAGUGAACAGUCUGAGCUUUAUUUCCUUUUUGAACUCACCACUGUAGUUCCAACCUGAUUUUCUGAAUUCUUUUUAAAGGUCCUCUCCAGUGAGCUAUUUUAGUUUCCUACUCUUUUUUUUUUAAUAGCACUGUUUUGAGGGAUAAUUUUGCCUUGAUACCUAGAUUCCUACUUCUGGAUUUUGUUGGCUUUUUGAAAAAUUGUCUUUUAAUGGUUUGGCAAGUGGCUUGGUAGCAAAAUAAGAUUGUUUGAAAGAGAGGACAGAGGAAUUCUGCUGCAGCUGUGAACAUGUUCUUUUUUCCUAUGUUAUCAUUGAAAAUUGGGGAAUCACUUUUAAUUGUUUUAUGUGUGUAUAUCCAAAGAGUAAGCAAGGACUGUUGCUAAACCGUCAAUGAGGAUGCUUUAAUCUUAAAAAUAAAAAUAAUUUUAAAUUGUCUUAUAAUUAGA